ACGCUGAGUAUUGUUGAUGCAACACAUUUUUAGCAAAAAGAAUUAAUAAAAUUUAAUUAAAACUAAGUGAAAACCUGCAAUGCUGGUCCUAAAAUCGGUGGGAGAGCUUUUCAAGCAAACCCUUACAGCGGGCAACAUAGCAGUUGUCCAAACAGCCGGCCUGAAAUACUUUGCUCCGCCCAUCAAAUACCAAAAUGUGCAGCAACCAGAGAGACCCAAACUAAGGAUCAUGGAGCGUCAACCGCAGCUGCCGCCGAACAUCCGGCCACCCAAGAUGCAGAAACGUUUGCGCUACAUGCGCGGCCCGGAGAUGUUGCACAACACGCUCCUGCACAAGCAGUACGCGAUUGUGGCCACCGGCGGAGGACGCCUGCGAUGGGGCCACUACGAGAUGAUGCGCUUGACCAUUGGACGCAAGAUGAACGUGGCCACCAUGUUCGCCACAUGGCGUGUGCCCGCACCCUGGCAACCGAUCACCAAGAAGGGUCAGGGGCAGCGCAUGGGCGGCGGCAAGGGGGCCAUCGACCACUACGUGACCCCCAUCAAGGCCGGCCGCGUCAUCGUCGAGAUCGCCGGCCGGUGCGAGUUCGUCGAGGUGCGGCAGUUCCUGCAGCAGGUAGCCAACCAGCUGCCCUUCCAGGCGGCCGUCGUCUCCCAGGAAAUGCUCGACCAGCAGCGGGCCGAAGACGAGGAGCACGAACGCCAGAACGAGAAUCCCUUCACCAUGAAGUACGUCAUCCAGAACAACCUCAGCGGCUGCCAUCGGUGGCUCUCGCCCGUAGACCACAAGUGGUUCGGCAGACACCUGUAGGUGUACAAACGCUCCUCUCAGCAAAUAAAACUAUCCCUGUUAAUCUGUUACAAAGCUA